AUGACCAUCACCACGCCACCUCUUGUUCAGCAUGGGGAUGCGCAGCACGCACAUGCUCGCUGCCAUGCUACAAGCGACAUCAGCAAUGGAGCGCAAUGCUCCGGACAACGUGACCCUACGAAGUUUGUAAAGAAGUCACAGUUGGUGACGCCAGCGGGUAUCGAUCACGACUUCAACUUCCUUACAGGCAUAGAGCGCGACAUUGAGAAAGCGGAACAGAGUCUCGCUGAGAAGACCGUCGUGGAUUCAUCAACGUCACACUCGUGGUCUCAGCACAAGUCGUCGCAGAAAGGUCAAGUAAAUUAUCAGCAACUCGAGGCUGCCGGUGUCAAAGUCAUUCGCGCGCCAAAAGUCGAAUGGUUUGAUCAUCAGAAGAAGCGCCAGCUUACUGAGACGUCGUCCACUUGCCAGGUAGCAGUAGCACAACCUUUCGCUCCCCGCGAGCAAUACAAAGCCAAAAAGAGAAAGCUCGAUACCAAGCAGGCUGCGGCUCCAGGCUCUUCAUCUGUUCCAGACCCUACUCCUAGUUUGGAGCACAAGGACAAGCAAGUCCGGCGCGGCCUCAAUGUCAAAUCUACUAUCCGGGAGGAAGAACAGCUACCUGCCGGAGAACGAGCAAUCAAUCCUCAUGAAAGAGAGGCUGGGGAGAGCGAAUCAUCCUUGACAGAGGCGGUCCAUGCAGAGUCUCGCAAUGACAGGUCAAGUGUCAAGCCCACAGAUGACGGGGAGCAUAUGUAUUUCUUGGCAAAGCCACGCACUACUUCGAGCCGAUCCGUCCUAAUACCACUCGACUCGAAUGCUACACUUGGCGAGUGCCUCAACGGCCGCACAGUCCUUGAGUUUCCAACCAUCUAUGUGUUCCCUAGUUCGAUGGAGCUAUCUGAUGAGUUCAUGCUGGAGCAAGACUAUCUCAAGCAAGAAGGAGAAGACCAGAAAGAGUUCGAUGAACUCAUCAACGAAUUGGAUCCCGAAAUCUUGAAACGAUUGAAAGAAAACAACCAGCAAUCAGGACACAAUGCCAGAGACGAGGUGGUAGACAGCAAGGAAAUAUUGGACGUGCUGAAAAAGGACUUCGGCGCCGUUAUCUGA